AUGAGAACCAGCUAUGCAUCUCAACCUUUGUCUCCCCACAGUGCCGCCAAGCUCCUGGACAAGAACCCGUUCUCAGUCAGUAACCCGAACCCUCUGCUUCCAUCGCCUGCCAGUCUCCAACUGGCUCAGCUGCAAGCCCAGCUCACCCUCCACCGGCUGAAGUUGGCACAGACCGCUGUCACCAACAACACUGCGGCCGCCACGGUCCUGAACCAAGUGCUCUCCAAAGUGGCCAUGUCCCAGCCCCUGUUCAACCAACUGAGGCAUCCAUCUGUCAUCAGCGCCCCCCACAGCCAUACUGCCACCAUGCCCAGUGCCCGAUUUCCCUCUAAUGCAAUUGCCUUCACACCCCCCAGCCAGACACGAGGCCCAGGACCCUCUGUGAGCCUUCCCAGCCAGCCCACCAGUGCCAUGGUGAUGCAUCCUUUCAGUGGGGUCAUGCCGCAGACCCCUGCCCAGCCAGCUGUCCUCUUGGGGAUUGGCAAGUCUGGGCCCACUCCUGCUACUGCAGGAUUCUACGAAUAUGGUAAAGCCAACUCUGGCCAGGCAUACAGCUCUGAAACAGAUGGUCAGCAUAGCUUUCUGCCAGUCUCAGCCUCUGCCUCGGGCACUGUGAACUACGAAGGACACUAUGGCCACACAGGGCAAGAUGGCCAAACCGCCUUUCCUAAAGAUUUCUAUGGACCCAAUGCCCAAGGGUCGCAUAUGGCAGGUGGAUUUCCAGCUGAGCAGGCCGGGGGCAUGAAAGGCGAGGUGGGUCCACUGCUGCAGGGCACAAACAGCCAAUGGGAGAACCCCCUUGGGUUCUCUGGCCAAAGCAAGCCUGAUCCUACAGCAGGCCCUACCCUGUGGCCUCCGCCCUUGAGCCAGCCCUAUGAGCUGUACGACCCCGAGGAGCCCACCCCAGACAGGACCCCUCCUUCCUUUGGGGGCCGGCUUACCAACAACAAACCGGGGUUCAGCAGUGCCCGGCGGCGGGCCAACGAGGAGCAAGCAGUACUGUCCAUGCGGCCCCUACAAGCUCAUGAAUUGAAUGACUUUCAUGGCGUGCCCCCCCUCCACCUGCCACACACCUGUAGCAUCUGCGACAAGAAGGUGUUUGAUUUGAAGGACUGGGAGCUGCACGUGAAAGGGAAGCUGCAUGCUCAGAGAUGCCUGGUCUUCUCUGAAAAUGCUGGCAUCCAGUGUGUCCUCGGCUCAGCGGAGGGAACGCUUUGUGCCUCUCCCAGCAGCCCAGCUGUUUACAGCCCAGCUGGGAACGAAGACUAUGCCUCAAAUCUUGGAGCAUCAUAUGUGGCCAUUCCAGCAAGGUCUUUUCCUUCAGCUUCCCCUGGGGCAAAUCUUGCACAGCGUAAAGCAGGCAUUGGCCGCGUGGUGCACAUUUGCAAUCUCCCAGAAGGAAGCUGCACUGAGAAUGAUGUCAUUAACCUGGGGCUGCCCUUUGGGAAAGUCACUAAUUACAUCCUCAUGAAGUCCACUAAUCAGGCCUUUUUAGAGAUGGCUUACACGGAAGCUGCCCAGGCCAUGGUCCAGUAUUACCAAGAAAAAUCUGCUGUGAUCAAUGGUGAGAAGUUGCUCAUUCGGAUGUCCAAGAGAUACAAGGAAUUGCAGCUGAAGAAACCGGGGAAAACUGUGGCUGCCAUCAUCCAAGACAUCCAUUCCCAGAGGGAGAGGGACAUGUUCCGGGACACAGACAGAUACGGCCCAGAGAGGCCACGGUCCCGCAGUCCGGUGAGCCGCUCGCUCUCCCCCAGGUCCCAUACACCGAGCUUCACGUCCUGCAGCUCUUCCCACAGCCCUCCUGUGCCCUCCAGGGCUGACUGGGGCAACGGCAGGGACUCGUGGGAGCACUCUCCCUAUGCCAGGAGGGAGGAGCAACGAGAUCCGCCCCCCUGGAGGGAGAACGGGGAGGACAAGAGGGACCGGACGGACAUGUGGGUACAUGAUCGCAAACACUACCCCCGGCAACUGGACAAAGCCGAGUUAGAUGAGCGACUGGAAGGAGGGAGGGGCCACCGAGAAAAGUACCUGAGGUCUGGGUCUCCCAAUCCACUCCACUCUUUGUCCAGCUACAAAAGCCGGGAAGACAGCUACUACCGGAAGGAGCCCAAAGCCAAGUUGGACAAGUACUCAAAGCAGCAGCAGGAUGCUUCUGGGAGGUCCAGGAGGAAGGAUGAGGUCAGGCUGCGGGAGAGCAGGCACCCUCACCCUGAGGACUUGGGCAAGGAGGAUGGGCUGGAGCCAAAGGUCACAAGGGCCCCUGCAAACACCAAGGCCAAGCAGAGUGAGAGAAAUAAAACCAAGAAACCCGGUAGAGACCAAGAAGGAGCUGAUGAUAGAAAAGAAAGCAAAAUGGCAGAGAAUGAGGCUAGAAAAGAACAGGAGGGCAUGGAAGAAAGCCCCCAAUCAGUGAACAGGCCAGAGAAGGAAACAGAGUCCUUGGAUCCAGAAAGCACAAGGAACAAGAAGGAGCAUGAUUGGGACAGUGGAAGCGAGGCAGAAGGGGAGAGCUGGUACCCCACUAACAUGGAGGAGCUGGUCACAGUGGAUGAAGUGGGGGAAGAAGAUUUUAUCAUGGAACCAGACAUCCCAGAGCUGGGAGAAAUUGUGCCCGUUGACCAGAAAGACACACCGUGCCCAGAAAUGUGCCCCUGUGGGACGAACACCUUAGACCUGGACUUGGCCAAGGAAGAAGUCAAGACCAUGGGCAUUGGGACUCCCGAAAUCAGCCUCGAGUCGGUCAAAGAACUGCCUUCUGCUUCCGGGAGCUGUCCCAGUGACAUGGACGUGGAAACGCCAGGCCUAAAUCGGGAUGCUGAGCAGAAGCCAGCUGAAUGUGAAACAGGCUACUCACUGGUGGCUUCAGAUUGCCACGAGAAAGAGGCCACAGGAGCAGAGAGCACAGAUGUUUGUCUGGACCCUGCAGUCCAGCAAAUGUCUUCCCCCAAGCCAGCAGAGAAGAGGGCCCGGCAGCCUAGCCCGGUUCUCGAUGACAGCAAGCCCAGGGGGACCCCCGAAGACGGGGCUUGUGAAAGCAGCCCCCUGGAGGAGAAAGCCAGCCCCUCCACUGACACCGACCUCCAAAGCCAGGCUUGCCACGGAGUGCUGACCCAGGAAAACUCCAGGUACUUGGAAACCAAAUCUCUGGACACAAGGUCACCGGAAUACACCGAAGUAGAGCUGAAACAGCCACUUUCUUUGCCUUCCUGGGAACCAGAGGAUGUGUUCAGUGAACUCAGCAUUCCUCUAGGGGUGGAGUUCGUAGUGCCCAGGACUGGGUUUUAUUGCAAGCUGUGUGGGCUCUUCUAUACAAGUGAGGAGAUGGCGAAGAUGAGUCACUGUCGCAGUGCUGUCCACUACAGGAACUUACAGAAGUACUUGUCCCAGCUGGCGGAGGAGGGCCUGAAGGAGGCUGAGGGGGCGGGCAGCCCGAGGCCUGAGGACAGUGGAAUGGUGCCACACUUCGAGAGGAAGAAGCUCUGA